UCUCUGUUUUGUCCAGAACUAUUUUGUCACCACUUUGACCCUUGCCGGAGGUUUGCCUGCACAAGACAGUCCUGAAAAUGCACAUUAAGUCCAUCAUUCUCGAAGGAUUCAAGUCCUAUGCGCAGAGGACCGAGGUCAAUGGCUUUGACCCGCUCUUCAAUGCCAUCACCGGUUUAAAUGGUAGUGGCAAGUCUAACAUCCUGGACUCCAUCUGCUUCCUGCUAGGCAUUUCAAACCUGUCUCAGGUGCGAGCUUCAAAUUUGCAAGAUUUGGUUUACAAAAAUGGACAGGCUGGUAUUACAAAAGCUUCAGUGUCAAUCACCUUUGACAAUUCUGACAAAAAGCAAAGUCCUUUAGGAUUUGAAGUUCAUGAUGAAAUCACAGUAACAAGGCAGGUGGUUAUUGGUGGCAGAAAUAAAUAUUUAAUCAAUGGAGUAAACGCAAACAACACCAGAGUACAAGAUCUCUUCUGUUCUGUUGGUCUUAAUGUUAACAACCCCCACUUUCUCAUCAUGCAGGGCCGAAUUACAAAAGUUUUAAAUAUGAAGCCUCCAGAGAUUUUAUCCAUGAUAGAAGAAGCAGCUGGAACCAGGAUGUAUGAAUACAAAAAAAUAGCUGCCCAGAAAACUAUAGAAAAAAAAGAAGCUAAACUGAAAGAAAUUAAGACGAUACUUGAAGAAGAAAUUACUCCAACCAUUCAAAAACUGAAAGAGGAAAGAUCUUCCUAUUUGGAGUACCAGAAAGUAAUGAGAGAAAUAGAACAUUUGAGUCGUUUGUAUAUUGCUUAUCAGUUUUUGCUGGCUGAAGAUACCAAAGAUCGCUCAGCUGAGGAAUUAAAAGAAAUGCAGGAUAAAAUUACAAAGCUUCAAGAAGAAUUAUCUGAGACUGAUAAAAAAAUAAAGGCACUUAAUCAUGAAAUAGAAGAAUUGGAAACAAGAAAAGAUAAGGAAAUUGGAGGAGUACUCCGGUCUUUGGAAGAUGCUCUUGCCGAAGCUCAGCGAGUUAAUACUAAGUCCCAAAGUGCUUUUGACCUUAAGAAGAAAAACCUGGCAAGUGAAGAGAACAAACGCAAAGAGCUGGAAAAAAACAUGGUUGAAGAUUCUAAAACUUUAGCAGCGAAGGAAAAAGAGGUUAAAAAGAUAGCAGACGGACUGCACGCCCUUCAAGAAGCAAGUAACAAAGAUGCUGAGGCUUUGGCUGCUGCUCAGCAGCACUUCAAUGCUGUUUCCGCUGGCCUCUCCAGUAAUGAAGACGGAGCCGAAGCAACUCUGGCUGGGCAAAUGAUGGCCUGUAAAAAUGAUAUCAGUAAAGCUCAGACAGAAGCCAAACAGGCUCAGAUGAAGUUGAAGCAUGCCCAACAGGAGUUAAAAACUAAGCAAGCUGAAGUUAAGAAGAUGGAUAGUGGUUACAGGAAAGAUCAAGAAGCUUUUGAAGCUGUUAAAAAACUGAAAGAAAAACUGGAAGCAGAAAUGAAAAAACUAAAUUAUGAAGAAAAUAAGGAAGAAAGCCUUUUGGAAAAACGCAGGCAACUGUCUCGUGACAUCAAUAGGCUGAAAGAAACCUACGAAGCUCUGUUGGCCAGGUUUCCCAAUCUCCGAUUUGCCUACAAAGAUCCAGAGAAGAACUGGAAUAGAAAUUGUGUGAAAGGACUUGUAGCUUCUCUGAUUAAUGUAAAAGAUACUUCUGCAACCACAGCUUUAGAAUUGGUGGCUGGGGAACGACUCUACAAUGUUGUUGUAGACACAGAGGUUACUGGGAAAAAGCUACUGGAAAAAGGGGAAUUGAAGCGUCGAUACACUAUAAUUCCACUCAAUAAAAUUUCAGCCAGAUGUAUUGCUCCAGAAACUUUGAAGAUUGCUCAAAAUCUUGUUGGCCCUAACAAUGUUCACAUAGCUCUUUCCCUGGUUGAAUACAAACCGGAACUUCAGAAAGCAAUGGAAUUUGUCUUUGGAACAACAUUUGUUUGUGACAAUAUGGAUAAUGCCAAAAAGGUGGCCUUUGAUAAAAGGAUAAUGACCAGAACUGUGACGCUAGGAGGUGAUGUAUUUGAUCCUCAUGGCACAUUGAGUGGAGGUGCCCGGUCCCAGGCAGCUUCUAUUUUAAUGAAGUUUAAAGAACUCAAAGAUGUUCAGGAUGAACUGAGAAUCAAGGAGAAUGAACUAAAGGCUCUAGAAGAGGAGCUAGCAGGUCUCAAAAACACUGCUGAAAAGUAUCGCCAGCUGAAACAACAGUGGGAAAUGAGAUCUGAAGAAGCAGACCUAUUACAAACCAAGCUCCAGCAAAGCUCUUACCACAAGCAACAAGAAGAAUUAGAUACCCUUAAAAAAACCAUUGAGGAAAGUGAAGAAAUCUUAAAAAAUACCAAAGAAAUCCAAAAAAAGGCAGAAGAAAAAUAUGAAGUACUGGAGAAUAAAAUGAAAAAUGCAGAAGCUGAAAGAGAGAGAGAACUGAAGGAUGCUCAGAAAAAACUGGAUGGUGCUAAAACUAAGGCAGAUGCAUCCAGCAAAAAAAUGAAAGAAAAACAACAGGAAGUUGAAGCUAUCACUUUGGAACUGGAAGAACUCAAGAGAGAGCAUGCGUCAUAUAAACAGCAGCUGGAAGCUGUAAAUGAAGCUAUCAAAUCCUAUGAAGGUCAAAUUGAAGUAAUGGCAGCUGAGGUGGCUCAAAACAAGGAGUCAGUAAAUAAAGCUCAAGAAGAGGUAACGAAGCAGAAAGAAGUGAUAACAGCCCAAGACAAUGUAAUUAAAGCUAAAUAUGCAGAAGUCGCAAAGCAUAAAGAGCAGAACAAUGAGUCUCAACUUAAAAUUAAGGAGUUAGACCACAACAUCAGCAAACACAAACGGGAAACUGAAGAUGCAGCUGCAAAGGUAUCAAAAAUGUUAAAAGAGUAUGAGUGGAUUAAUGCAGAGAAACACCUGUUUGGCCAGCCCAAUAGUGCCUAUGAUUUUAAGAAUAACAACCCAAAGGAAGCUGGCCAGAGACUUCAGCAGUUACAAGAAUUGAAGGAGAAACUCGGAAGAAAUGUCAACAUGAGAGCCAUGAAUGUACUGACAGAAGCUGAAGAGCGGUAUAAUGACUUGAUGAAGAAGAAGAGAAUUGUGGAAAAUGACAAAUCCAAGAUACUUGCAACUAUAGAAGACCUUGACCAGAAGAAAAACCAAGCCCUAAAUAUUGCUUGGCAAAAGGUGAACAAAGACUUUGGAUCUAUUUUUUCUACUUUGUUGCCUGGUGCUAAUGCUAUGCUUGCACCACCAGAGGGACAGACUGUGUUGGACGGCCUGGAGUUUAAGGUUGCUUUAGGAAAUACCUGGAAAGAAAACCUAACUGAACUUAGUGGUGGCCAGAGGUCUUUAGUGGCUUUGUCGUUAAUACUGUCUAUGCUGCUCUUCAAACCUGCUCCAAUUUAUAUCUUGGAUGAAGUGGAUGCGGCCUUGGAUCUUUCUCAUACGCAGAAUAUCGGACAGAUGUUGCGGACUCAUUUCACACAUUCUCAGUUCAUUGUGGUGUCCCUGAAGGAAGGUAUGUUCAACAAUGCAAACGUUCUUUUCAAAACCAAGUUUGUGGAUGGUGUUUCUACAGUAACCAGAUUUACUCAAAGUCAGAAUGAAAAGAUUCCAAAGGAGAAAAAAUCCAAGGCAAAAGGACCCAAGUGACCACAUGUGGAAGUGACAGAUGUGCUCCUGCAGCUUCUCUUCUGAAGUACAAACUUACAGCUUGGGAUUGAGUGUGUUAAAAACGAAUUUUGUUAUUUAACUUAUAUUUUCAUUUCUAUCACUUAUCACAAUGAGCAUAGACUCUUCUUUUUAAUUAGUGUAACUAUGGUACAAUUACCGUGGUAGUGAUUUUAUGUCUGUCAUCAAAUGCUUUUUCUUACGCAUGUCUUUUUAUACAUUAGGGAGCAUGAGAUACCUGGUUGCUGUCAAAUUCUAUAUGUCAAUGCAACAGUAGAAAGAAACAGAGGAAAUUAAAUUAUGUGAUAAAUAUAGCUGAUAGUCAGCUUUUAAUUAGUUUAAUUCCUAAGGUAAUAUUUUUAUUUUUUGAUGCUAAUAAAGUCAUCUAGGUGAGGAAGAAUUAUAAAGUAGCUAGACCAACAAUGGGAACAAAAAAAAAGCUUUUUUGGAUGCGCUUGAGCUGUUGGAAGCUAGUCCCUUGAGGUACAAUGCCAAAUUCCGAGUUGGGAAACUGAUUACUUCAUUUUAAUGAUGCUUGAAUAUCAUGUCUCUUUAAACUUACAAUGGGUCUUACAACCUUACUUUUUUUUUUUUAAGUAUUUUAACAGAUGCUUGCGGCUGUGAGGAUGUUUAAUUACUCUCUGAUUUUCUGAAAACUAAUGUUUUUAAAGAUUGUGGCAACCUUUUCAUAAUUUAGUCAAUAAUGACCUAUUACUAUUGAAUGAGUGUAGGGCCCAGCAGACUAAAUCAGAUUUAUUUUUGAGUCUGAUAGAUAUAUAGAUCCAUCUGUCCUACCAAAAAUAACUUCAAAGUUUGGUGAUUAUUGUAUUUCUUAGUGUAUUUUGCUUUCCAACUUAGAGGGUAAAAUUCCAUUAGACCUGGAUAGAUGGAGCUUCAAACACCUCUACUACUGUCUGUCGUAUCUGUGGCCAUGCCAGAGCAGUGCCUUCAGAUUGCAUCCUAUAAGCUGUGACACAAGCUAGUCUGAUCUUGAGUCAAAUCUUGCUGUAUCCUCUCCUGAUUUGAAUUUUUGGUCUUUAUUGCUAUUAUCCUUUAUGCUUCCCAGCCCUGGAUUGCACGUCUCACCCUUCAUUCUCUAUUCCUAUUGGAGCUGUUAUACAACAUACAAGUAGUUCAUAACAUGGGACAAAUUAGAAAGGACUGAUUCCAGAACUGGUUCUGUCUGCUGUGCGAGAAAAGUUGAAAAUGCUGCUACAGAAAGUUGAGUCUCAAAGAUAAAUGAAAGCUUGUAUCUCCUGUUUAAAAACAAGGUUGAAUAUUUUGCUUUAUGUACUAAUUUUCUUUCCUUUGGCAGUUUCUUCUGUAUACAUUCCUAAUGCUUGUGUUAUGUAUAUGAUCUUGCUCUUCGGAAAUUCUGAAACAUACAUUAAAUUUUUGUGAAUAA